AUGUUGGACGGAGACCGACGAGGAGAAGGAGCUCAACAUGCUGUGCAGGGAGGGGCGCCAAGGGCAGCGGACUUCCUUACGCCGAGGUCAAGUAUGACUACAACAGUACAGCCCCAGAACAACUGGAUGAAUGCGCUUGAGGUGCCUAGAUGGGUAUCUCGCUUGGGAAAUUAUCUGGCGACCGGGCGAGGAGAAUUAGCUCCCAGCCCGUUGGCCGGCUCUGUGAUGUCUUCGCCCUCACCACCGGGAGGACAGGCGUUCAGACUUCGGUCGCCUAUUCGAGCUGGGCGACCAAUGCCGCCUCCAACACCGCCGAGUUCGGAGAUUUCAGCAGAGGCUAUACAGGCCGAAGUUCAGCGGCAGUUGGGCGGUUUGCUCAACAGACUACAAGUCGCGGAAAACCGCAACGAUGCUCUGAUGAGUGAGAGCGAAACACCACCUCCACGAGGGACUGCAGGGGCUCCAGCCGCAGAAGUUAUCAAGCCAGGAACUACAUCGCUGCCUACUUUACCGGAGAUGGUGCAAGGCGCAGAGACGGCGAUGAAGUUCCAGGACUGGUUGGAGCUAACGACUGCUGUGAUGUGUGAUGUUAGCGAGCAAAGUGGUAUCUGGUGGCGACAAGUAUUAGAAGAGGUGGAGCGAGCCUACAAGAUGUGGUUAUCCUGUACCCCGCUGGAACGGCUAGCAGUGCAGCCAAAGGGCGAAGAGCUUUCAGCCAACAGAUGGGUUCGCUUGAAUGCCCGGGUGGAGAACAUGUUGGCAACCAGGCCGGCUACCUCAACAGCAACCACCCCCACGGCAGCCGAUGGUCCCAAGUUGCGGGCUCUCACACAAGGGGACCGCGACAAGGACAAAAGCAAGGGCAAAGAUAAGGAGAAGGGUGAGCGACCUGCAGAGCAGUGCAGAUACUUCAUGAAACCCACUGGUUGGAAAACAGGCACGGACAACCUCUACAUCGACACCGACCUCUCCCAAGGAGCAACGAGGCCAGCGGGCUGA